AUUUACUCACUUAAAUAUCCAUGUUAGGACUGUGCCUAAAUAAGGAAGAGGGCCUAAAAAUACUUAAGGCACCAAUUGAUAUUUAGAUCUGAACACGGCUAUAAUGAUAAAAUGUCGUUGGAGAUUUUAGCUCAAGAAAAAGUAUGGCUCGAUAAAUCAAAAUAUGCCGAUGCAGAACGUGUGUAUUAUGAAAAACUAUCGAAGAAUUCAUCAAGUAAUUCAAGCUCAUUGAAUCAAGAUAUUGAACAAUUACAAAGUCUUAUGGUACAGUUAGAAGCUCGUGUUGCAUCAUUGGAAACCAAAAAAGCAGCACAGUCUCCUAAACCGGAAGAAAAAGAAACACCUAAAAAAAAUGACAAGGAAGAUGAUGAUGUUGAUUUGUUUGGAUCAGAAUCUGAAGUAAAUAUUUUUACAUUAAUUAUUUUAAAGACUUAUUUUUCGAUUUUACGUGUUAAUUAUAUUCAG